CUUAGAGCUCAUUGUAUGCAAACGAAGGGAACUGGUCAUAAAAGCCGCACCUGCUGUGCUAUACAAAUAAGCUCGCUAUUUCCACAAACCAACCACUAUGACUGUCACCUCUUGGCGAUAAGGGUCUGUCAAGUUGCUAUAUUAAUAGAACCCCUAGGUCAACCUGGAAGAAUCCUCAUUCUACAUCGACAGAGUUCAGUCUCCAUUAGGCGACUGACUCAGCGAAGCACCCACUGUCCUGUUGGAUAGAUCUUUUGCCAUCAUCUCAGGACCACUGGCUGGUGUCUAUCAGUUAUUAGCGAAAACUCGAUUCCCUUUAUCCUUAAAUUUCAUCCAGAUGUUGCGGAAAACCGGGAAAAUUCGCUAGGAAAAAAUACGCUCAAGCCGAAACCUAUCAACAUAACACAGAAAAAAGACAAACAAAUCCGACAACAGAUCUGUUUUCGAAAUUUCGUUUUUUACACCUGAUUGAUCUGAAAGUCACCUGCCAGAAUCAAGACAAGACGUGCCGCCGGAGACGACAACGAAGGACCUUCGCUAUCAGAACUGACCACUGUCGUGCGAUCGCACAAAGGUAAAAUUGUCUCGGAAUACGGUAAGCUUUAGAUGACAAUUUGAGGUCAUGUCUCUUCCCACUUCACCUCAGACAACCGCCGUGGUUUUGCCGUCUAAUUUCACCAAUGAGACGGCAAACGGAUUGGAUUCGAAGUGUAGCCGCGAUGGAUACGGUGCUCUACACUACACCAUGGCCGCUCUGAUUUUGGUUUUGGCAUUGGCAGGAAAUGGUUUUAUCUGCGUAGCUUUUGCGACGCGUCGCAAACUUCGAACAGUGACAAACUACUUUGUAGUCAAUCUUGCCGUUGCGAGCUUUCUUCUCGUCAUACAAUGGGUAGUCUGGAUUGGCUUGUACCUGUUAUGUAUAGAUAUUGCGCCUGUUGUAAAACUUGCACAUAUCCUAGAAAUUCUCUUUGGUUCUGCAUCGGUCGUGAGUCUAGGAGUCGUGAGCUAUGAUCGCUACUACGCCGUCACAAGAGCCUUGCACUAUGGAUCCACGAUGACGCAUCGUCGAGCUUUGACGGUGAUCAUUGCAGUGUGGGUAUACGCCACGAUAACCGCAAGCUUGUUGCUGGGAACACUUGACAAAACUAUCGGCCAAUUGUAUAUGAAAAUCUACAUAUCUGCUCUCUUUCUUUUUAACUUCUUUAUUCCUUUUGUCAUCUCUGCUUACUGUUAUGUUCGAAUUUUUCUUAUUGCCAUGCUACAUCUCCAGCAUGGUGCCCCAGCAAAUCAGCUCUCUGAUCCUCUUUCCAAGGCAUCAACUCUGCGAAAACAACUCAAAAUUUCCCUCAACAUUUUCAUCCUGGCAGUGCCUUUCCUGUUCAUCUGGAAUUUCUUCUAUGCAAUCACCGUCUACGAAGUCAUGUGCUAUGACUGUAGAGUUGUCGAGUCUCCCACAGCCGAGUACUUUGUUUCAAAUCUUCCUGAGAUCAUUGCCGCAAUCAACCCUCUGAUUUUCAUCUGUUUGACGAAAAACUUGAGGAAUUUUCUCAUUAUGGGACUGAGAUGCUCUAAAGAUCAUCAUCGACGACGUGCUAAUCAGUUUGCCCAAUCGGAGUCCUACCCAGCAACUACCCAAUUCACAACCAACUACCAAGGCGGCAAUGGAUACGACGCCAUCGCUAAAGUUUAAAGCCAACAACUCCAAAAGUCACACCGAUCGUUUUGACACAGUAAAACUAAAUACCGAACUCUGCUAGGGAAAAACGAGAACUCAAUAUACAUACUUUAUUGCUUCAAAAUAACCGUACAGAAUCAGUGGAAAUUGAAAACGAUUCGUUGAUACGACAACAAACUCAUGACUAUAAAACGUAAAAAGUGUAAAUAGAAACUGUGUUACUUAGCAUCUAGAUGUGAAUGGUCUGCAAUCUUCAUUUACAUUUGCAGACCCUUGUAAUUAUAACUGUAUGUCUAUUCUAUGUUUUCAAGCCAUAGUCUUAAGCUGUUUCUUCUGACAAAAUUAAGGCAUAUUAAAGUCCGUGCAGUUUUAAAAGCAAAUUAAUUUACAGCUCAUUAUACACAUCAUUUAAGGAAGAUGAAAGGUUGUCUUUGUCAUAUGCUGUAAAACAUUAUGUACAGGUGAAAUAAAUGUUGAUGAACUGGA